UCCCCUAGGGUUUAUAUAUUUCCAUUUCCCAAUCGCAGAGACGAGUUCGAGUUAUUCUCUAGCCGACCCGUCGUCGCUAGCACGCUACUAUUCGUUACAAUUUCUCUCACUCCUCCGCUAUCUCUCCACCUCUAGCUCCGUUCAGCGGCUCGCUUACGUGCAGGAAUGGCCAAUAACCCUCAGUCUUCUGGUGCUCAGCCUCUCCGGCCUCCAACAGUUGGAUCGAUGGGCCCACAAAGCUUUGGCCCACCCUUUCAUAUGCAAUUUCGCUCUAUGAUACCGACACAGCAAGGACAACCGUUUCUUCCUUCAGUUUCAGCUUCUCAACAAUAUCGGCCAGUUGGGCAAGGUAUAUCUUCACCUAAUGUUGGGAUCCCUUCUAAUCAAAGUCAGCCAUUGCAAUAUUCUCAACCAAUGCAGCAGUUACCUCCAAGGCCUGUACAUGCUACACCUCCAUCACAGGCAAUUCCAAUGUCCUAUAUUCAACCAAGCAUGCCUCUUACAUCUAGCGCGCAGUCUCAACAAACUGCUCACCCUUUGAAUAAUCAUAUGACUGGUUUAGGUGGCCCUGGAGUACCUCUCUCUUCUUCCUCAUAUACAUUUGCACCAUCUUCUUUUGGUCAGCCACAACAUUCUGUCAACACAACAUCCCAUUUCCAACCAUCACAAAUGCAUGCACCGGCUGCCCCUGUUGGGGGACAGCCUUGGUUGUCUACUGGAAGUCAAGGUGGACCACUUGUUACACCUAUGCAGCAGAUUGGGCAACAAUCUUUAGACACUGCCGCUACAGUUCCAGCGGUUACUGGUCAACAAUCCUCAUCCGAUUGGCAAGAGCAUGCAUCCCAGGAUGGGCGAAGAUAUUAUUACAACAAGAAAACAAGACAAUCUAGCUGGGAGAAGCCCUUGGAAUUGAUGACGCCAAUUGAGAGGGCUGAUGCGUCGACUGUGUGGAAGGAAUUCACAACUCCAGAUGGUAGAAAGUACUACUACAAUAAGGUUACAAAGCAAUCUAAAUGGCAAAUUCCUGAGGAAUUGAAGGUGGCUCGUGAACAAGCUGAGAAAGAAGCUAGCCAAGGAACACAACCAGAAAUUAUUACGACUUCUAAUGCAAUGGAAAAUGUCACCAUCUCUUCUGUGGAACGAUCAUCUACUGCAGUAACUUCGGUUAGCUCCAUCUCUUCUUCAACAAUAUCCGGGCUAACUUCAAGCCCAGUUCCAGUUACGCCAGUUGUUGCUGUUAAUGCUGCUCCUGUGGUGGUUUCUGGAUCCUCAGCCUUUCCCAUUGCACAUUCUGCUGCAACAAGUGCAGUUAUUACUUCUUCUGUUGGUGCAACUAUCACACCCUCAUCUGCUGCUUUAGUUGCAACUGAUACUAUGCCAGUGAGUAGCUUUGAAAAUUCAUCAUCCCAUGAUGUCUCAAAUUCUGUAGAUGGAGCUUCUAUGCAGGAUAUUGAGGAAGCGAAGAAGGUAAUGGCAGUUGCUGGAAAGAUCAAUGUGACGCCACUAGAGGAGAAACCUAUAGAGGAUGAACUUUUGGUGUAUGCCAACAAGCAGGAAGCAAGAAAUGCAUUUAAAGCACUUUUGGAGUCCGUAAAUGUGGAGUCUAACUGGACUUGGGAGCAGGCAAUGCGAGUGAUAAUCAAUGACAAAAGAUAUGGUGCUUUGAAAACUCUUGGUGAGCGGAAACAGGCAUUCAAUGAGUACUUAGGCCAAAGGAAGAAGCUGGAUGCAGAGGAAAGGCGCAUGAGGAUGAAAAAAGCACGUGAAGAAUUCACAAAGAUGUUGGAAGAGUGUGAGGAACUCACAUCAUCCACAAGAUGGAGCAAAGCUGUAAGUAUGUUUGAAGAAGAUGAACGGUUCAAGGCCCUAGAACGACCUACAGAACGUGAAGAUCUGUUCAAAAACUACUUGGUGGAUCUUCAAAAGAAGGAAAAGGAAAAGGCCCAAGAGGAGCAUCGACAGAAUAGAAUAGAGUACAGGCAAUAUCUGGAAACCUGUGGCUUUAUCAAGGUGAACACCCAAUGGAGGAAAGUUCAAGAUCGGUUAGAAGAUGAUGAAAGAUGCUCGCGUCUUGAAAAAUUUGAUCGCUUUGAAAUUUUCCAGGAAUAUAUUCGUGAUUUGGAGAAGGAAGAAGAAGAGCAGAGAAGGAUACAAAAGGAACAAUUGAAACGGGCUGAACGGAAAAACCGUGAUGAGUUUCGCAAGAUGAUGGAAGAACAUGUUGGUUCUGGUAUACUUACAGCUAAAACUCAUUGGCGUGAUUAUUGUAUGAAGGUCAAGGAUUCUUCACCCUAUCAGGCUGUUGCACUGAAUACAUCUGGUUCUACACCAAAAGAUUUGUUUGAGGAUGUUGCUGAAGAAUUAGAGAAACUGUUUCACGAGGACAAAACUCGAAUAAAAGAUGCUGUGAAGUUGGGGAAGGUUACCAUCACAUCAACAUCAACUUUGGAAGAUUUUAAGGAUUCCAUUUUGGAGGAUAUAGGUUCCCCGCCAAUAUCAGAUAUCAACAUAAGGCUUGUAUUUGAGGAUCUACUUGAGAGAGCUAGAGAAAAGGAGGAGAAAGAAGCUAAAAAGCGUCAACGUUUUGCCAAAGACUUCACUGACCUUUUGUCCACCAUCAAGGAAAUCACUGCAUCUUCUAUUUGGGAGGAAAGCAAACAACUCUUUGAGGAAAGCUCAGAGUACAGAUCAAUUGGAGAAGAGAGUUUUGCCAAGGAGGUCUUUGAGGAACACCUUGUGCACUUGCUGGAAAAGGCAAAAGAAAAGGAACGCAAGCGAGAGGAGGAAAAGGCCAAAAAGGAGAAGGAGAGAGAGGAGAAAGAAAAGAGGAAGGAGAAGGAGAAGGAGAAGGAAAAGGAGAAGGAGAAGGAGAAGGAGAAAAGGGAUAGAGAGAAAGACAAAGAGAAAGAACGUGAACGUGAAAGAGAGAAGGGAAAGGAGCGGUCUAAGAAGGAUGAUACAGAGAGUGAAAAUAUGGAUGUGACUGACAGUUAUAGCCACAAAGAGGAGAGGAAAAGAGAUAAAGACAAAGAUAGAAAGCACCGGAGACGGCACCAUAGUCCAGCUGAUGAUGUCAGUUCAGACAAGGAUGAAAAAGAGGAGUCGAAGAAGUCUCGUCGACAUGGAAGCGACCGUAAAAAAUCAAGAAAGCAUGCGUAUACACCUGAUUCAGAUAGUGAAAGCAAGCAUAAAAGACACAAGAGAGAUCACCGAGAUGGUUCUCGUAGAAAUGGUGGGGGUGAGGAGCUUGAAGAUGGCGAGGUUGGAGAGGAUGGUGAGAUCCGGUAGAUCUUGUGAUCCAUACUUUUUAGAUUUCCUUACCUUUAUCCAUCCAGUAGUGGCGUAACAAGAUUGCCGCGGGGCUUAGUCAACUAUAUUUGCAGGAUAUCAUUGAUAUUUUUCUGGUGUAAACAUUCUCUAACAGUAGCUUAUACCAUGAUUUGUAUCAGCCAUAAUUUGUUAUAUCGUCAACUGUGAAAGAAGUGUUUUGUACCAAGUGCUGCCCUAAUAGGUUGUAAAAAGCAUUGUUUUAGUUUUUGUUUGUGUUGGAGAUGACAGUCAAUAUGGGUGGGUGUUUUAGACUGAGAACGGAAUUGGAGUUUGUAGGAAGUGGCCGGGAGGUUAGUCCAUGAAUGUUUAGAAGAGGAAAUCCGCUAUUGUAAUUUUAACGUAAAUUUUUUGGGGUGACAGUUCACUGAGAAUCUCUGUUAUGAAUGUUAAUUUGUGUCAUUUUGAUACUGCAAACUAAUGUUGACACUGCAAACUAAUUUUUCAUUAUGACCAAUUAGAUGCAUUUGGUUCUGUGA